AUGGGUUCCAGCUACCAGGGCAAGGUUGAUUACGAUGACUACCCAAACUACCCAAACUACUCAAACUACUCAUUUUGGAAUAUAAGUAACAUCACAGACCUCAGUGAUUACUACCACACUUCUGACUGGUGUGAGGCUGGUGAGCAGGAGUUCACCAUCAAAAUGUUCCAGACCUGUGUUUUCUGCCUGAUCUUCCUGCUGGGUGUGAUGGGAAACUGCCUGGUGAUCGCCACCUUCGCUCUCUACCGCCGCCUCAGGCUUCGCUCCAUGACCGAUGUCUUCCUGUUCCACCUGGCGCUGGCUGACCUCCUCUUGCUCCUCACGCUCCCAUUACAGGCAGUGGACACUAACCAGGGUUGGAUCUUCUCCACUCCCCUCUGCAAGGCCACGCGUGCAUGCUAUGCUAUCAACACGUAUAGUGGGCUGCUGCUGCUGGCCUGCAUCAGCAUUGACCGCUACAUGGUGGUGGCACAAGCCCAAGCGAUGCUCAGGCUGCGCAGCCAGAUCUUGACAGCAGGGAAGAUCUCUGCUGUAGGUGUGUGGUUUGUUGCAGUGCUCCUCAGUCUGCCUGAAAUCCUCUUCUCAGGGGUUUCGGGAUCAGGAAUUGAUGCAUACUGUGGCAUGCUAGCGCCUAGAAAUGUCAAAAUGGCCACCAAUGGCACCAUCAUUGCUGUCUUCUGCCUGUCCUUCUUAGUGAUGGCGACAUGCUACUCUUUGAUUGCUCAAGUGCUGUGGGAAGGAAACGCACAUCGGCGGGGGAAGCAGUGGCAUCGGCAGCGUACCUUGAAGCUGAUGGUGGCUCUGGUGCUGAUAUUUCUGCUCUUCCAGUUGCCGUACACCGUGGUGCUGUCACGUAAAAUGGCGGGGCAGUUCUGUGGCCUCCUGUUGGAGUACAUCACCUGCACCUUGGCGUACACCCGUUGUUGCCUUAACCCAAUCCUGUACGCCCUGGUAGGUGUGCGCUUCAGGAAUGACGUGCUGAGGCUCAUCCAUGAUUCAGGCUGCCCCUGUGAGCGGCAUCUGGUACCACAAACUGUGAGCUCCACCUCCAUCUCCCCCUCCUCACCUGCGCUCACCAUGCUCUCAGCCUGCUCGCCGACAUUCCCCAACACUCCAGCCUUAGCUUUCUAAA